AUGCAGAGGUCGCCCCUGGAAAAGGCCAGCGUCCUCUCCAAACUUUUCUUCAGCUGGACCAGACCAAUUUUGAUAAAAGGCUAUAGACAACGCCUGGAAUUAUCAGACAUAUACCAAGUCCCUUCUACUGAUUCUGCUGAUCAUCUGUCUGAAAAAUUGGAAAGAGAAUGGGACAGAGAGCUGGCAUCAAAGAAGAACCCCAAACUUAUUAAUGCCCUUCGGCGAUGCUUUUUCUGGAGAUUUGCGUUCUAUGGAAUCUUAUUAUAUUUAGGGGAAGUCACCAAAGCGGUCCAGCCUCUCUUACUUGGAAGAAUCAUAGCUUCCUAUGAUCCAGAUAACAAGCAGGAACGCUCCAUUGCAAUCUACCUAGCCAUUGGCUUAUGCCUUCUCUUUAUCAUGAGGCCGCUGCUCCUGCACCCAGCCAUUUUUGGCCUUCAUCACAUUGGAAUGCAGAUCAGAAUAGCUAUGUUUAGUUUGAUUUAUAAGAAGACUUUAAAGCUGUCAAGCCGUGUUCUGGAUAAAAUAAGUAUUGGACAACUUGUUAGUCUCCUUUCCAACAACCUGAACAAAUUCGAUGAAGGACUUGCACUGGCGCAUUUCGUGUGGAUUGCUCCUCUACAAGUGACGCUCCUGAUGGGGCUGCUCUGGGAUUUGUUACAAGCCUCUGCCUUCUGUGGUCUUGCUUUCCUCAUAGUCCUCGCCCUUGUCCAAGCUGGUUUGGGAAGAAUGAUAAUGAAGUACAGAGAUCAGAGAGCUGGAAAGAUCAAUGAAAGACUCGUGAUCACCUCAGAAGUGAUUGAAAAUAUCCAAUCUGUUAAGGCAUACUGCUGGGAGGAAGCAAUGGAAAAAAUAAUUGAAAACAUAAGACAAACAGAGCUGAAACUGACCCGGAAGGCAGCCCAUGUGAGAUACUUCAAUAGCUCAGCCUUCUUCUUCUCAGGGUUCUUUGUGGUGUCUUUAUCUGUGCUUCCCUAUGCACUGAUCAAAACAAUCAUCCUUCGCAAAAUAUUCACAACCAUCUCAUUCUGCAUCGUUUUGCGCAUGGCAGUCACUCGGCAAUUUCCCUGGGCUGUACAAACAUGGUAUGACUCUCUUGGAGCAAUAAACAAAAUACAGGAUUUCUUACAAAAGCAAGAGUAUAAGACGUUGGAAUAUAACUUAACAACUACGGAAGUAAUGAUGGAGAAUGUAACAGCCUUCUGGGAGGAGGGAUUUGGGGAAUUACUUGAGAAAGCAAAAGAAAACAGUAAUGACAGAAAAAUUUCCAAUGGGGACAACAGCCUCUUCUUCAGCAACUUCUCACUUCUUGGUACUCCUGUCCUAAAAGACAUCAAUUUCAAGAUAGAAAGAGGACAGUUGUUGGCGGUUGCUGGAUCUACUGGAGCAGGCAAGACUUCACUCCUAAUGAUGAUUAUGGGAGAACUGGAGCCUUCAGAGGGUAAAAUUAAGCACAGUGGAAGAAUUUCAUUCUGCUCUCAGUUUUCUUGGAUUAUGCCUGGCACCAUUAAAGAAAACAUCAUCUUUGGUGUUUCCUAUGAUGAGUAUAGAUAUAGGAGUGUCAUCAAAGCAUGCCAACUAGAGGAGGACAUUUCCAAGUUUGCAGAGAAGGACAACAUCGUUCUUGGAGAAGGUGGCGUCACGCUGAGCGGAGGGCAAAGAGCAAGAAUUUCCCUAGCAAGAGCAGUAUAUAAAGAUGCUGAUUUAUAUCUCUUAGACUCUCCUUUUGGAUACCUGGAUGUUUUAACAGAAAAAGAAAUAUUUGAAAGCUGUGUCUGUAAAUUGAUGGCUAACAAAACUAGGAUCUUGGUCACUUCUAAAAUGGAACAUUUAAAGAAAGCUGACAAAGUCUUAAUUUUACAUGAAGGUAGCUGCUAUUUUUAUGGGACAUUUUCUGAAUUACAAAGUCUCCGGCCCGACUUCAGCUCGAAGCUCAUGGGCUAUGAUUCUUUUGACCAGUUCAGUCCAGAAAGAAGAAACUCCAUCAUCACUGAGACUUUACGGCGUUUCUCCUUAGAAGGAGAUGCGGCCGUGCCCUGGAAUGAAACAAAAAAGCAAUCUUUUAAACAGACUGGAGAGUUUGGUGAAAAAAGGAAGAACUCUAUUCUUAAUCCAAUCAACUCCAUAAGAAAAUUUUCAAUUGUACAAAAGACCCCGUUACCCAUGAAUGGCAUCGAAGGAGAGUCUGAGGUGCCAGUAGAGCGAAGGCUGUCCUUAUUUCCCGACUGUGAGCAAGGAGAGGCCAUCCUGCCUCGGAGCAACAUGAUCAACACUGGCCCCACGCUCCGGAGACAACGAAGACAGUCUGUUCUGAACCUGAUGACGCGCUCCUCCGUGAACCAAGGUCAGAGCAUUCACCGAAGGACAACAGCAUCCACGCGAAAAAUGUCACUGGCCCCUCAGGCAAAUCUAACUGAAAUGGAUAUAUAUUCCAGACGGUUAUCUCAAGACAGUGGCUUGGAAAUAAGUGAAGAAAUUAAUGAAGAGGAUUUAAAGGAGUGCUUUUUUGAUGAUGUCGAGAGCAUACCACCAGUGACUACAUGGAACACAUACCUUCGAUAUAUUACUGUCCACAAGAACUUAAUUUUUGUGCUAAUUUGGUGCUUAGUUAUUUUUCUGGCUGAGGUGGCUGUUUCAUUGGUUGUAUUGUGGAUACUUAGAAACUCGUCUUCUCAAGACAAAGGGAAUAGCACUCAGAGCGUAAACAGCAGUUAUGCAGUGAUCUUCACCAGUACCAGCGCAUAUUAUAUUUUCUACAUUUAUGUGGGAGUAGCUGAUACUUUGCUUGCUCUGGGACUCUUCAGAGGUUUACCACUGGUGCAUACUCUAAUCACAGUGUCGAAAAUUUUACACCACAAAAUGUUACAUUCUGUUCUUCAAGCACCUAUGUCAACCCUCAACACACUGAAAGCAGGUGGGAUUCUUAAUAGAUUCUCCAAAGAUAUAGCGAUUUUGGAUGAUCUUCUGCCCCUUACCAUAUUUGACUUCAUCCAGUUGUUAUUAAUUGUGAUCGGAGCUGUGGCGGUGGUGUCAGUUUUACAGCCCUACAUCUUCCUAGCGACAGUGCCAGUGAUAGCGGCCUUUAUUAUCCUGCGGGCCUACUUCCUCCACACCUCACAGCAACUCAAGCAACUGGAAUCUGAAGGCAGGAGUCCAAUUUUCACUCAUCUUCUUACAAGUUUAAAAGGACUGUGGACACUUCGGGCCUUUGGACGCCAGCCUUACUUUGAGACUUUGUUUCACAAAGCUCUGAACUUACAUACUGCCAACUGGUUCUUGUACCUGUCAACGCUGCGCUGGUUCCAAAUGAGAAUGGAAAUUAUUUUUGUCAUAUUCUUCAUUGCUGUUACCUUCAUCUCCAUUUUAACAACAGGUGAAGGAGAAGGAACAGUUGGUAUUAUUCUAACAUUAGCCAUGAAUAUCAUGGGUACGUUGCAGUGGGCUGUAAACUCCAGCAUAGAGGUGGACAGCUUGAUGCGAUCGGUGAGCCGAGUCUUCAAGUUUAUUGACAUGCCUACAGAAGAAAGUAAACCACCUACCAAGUCAUUCAAACCAUCCAAGGAUGCCCAACUCUCAAAAGUUACGAUUACUGAGAAUCGGCAUGUGAGGGAAGAUGAUAUCUGGCCCUCAGGGGGCCAAAUGACUGUCAAAGACCUCACAGCAAAGUAUAUAGAUGGUGGGAAUGCCAUAUUAGAGAACAUUUCCUUCUCAAUAAGUCCUGGCCAGAGGGUGGGCCUCUUGGGAAGAACUGGAUCAGGGAAAAGUACUUUGUUAUCUGCUCUUUUGAGACUGGUGAACACUGAGGGAGAAAUCCAAAUAGAUGGCGUGUCUUGGGACUCAAUCCCUUUGCAAGAAUGGAGGAGAGCCUUUGGGGUGAUCCCACAGAAAGUAUUUAUAUUCUCUGGAACAUUUAGAAAAAACUUGGAUCCCUAUGGACAGUGGAAUGAUCAAGAAAUAUGGAAAGUUGCGGAUGAGGUUGGACUCAGAUCUGUGAUAGAGCAGUUUCCUGGGAAGCUCGAUUUCGUCCUGGUGGAUGGGGGUUACGUCCUAAGCCAUGGCCACAAGCAGUUGAUGUGCUUGGCCAGAUCUGUCCUCAGGAAGGCGAAAAUCCUGCUGCUCGAUGAACCCAGUGCUCAUUUGGAUCCAAUAACAUACCAAAUCAUUCGAAGAACCCUAAAGCAAGCGUUUGCAGAUUGCACAGUGAUCCUCUCUGAACACAGGAUAGAAGCGAUGUUGGAAUGUCAACGAUUCUUGGUCAUCGAGGACAGCAGGCUGCGGCAGUUCGAGUCCAUCCAGAGGCUGCUGAGCGAGAGGAGCGCCUUCCGGCAGGCCAUCGGGCCCCCUGAGCGGCCCGGCCUCCUCCCGCACCGGCUCUCCAGCCGGCAGAGGUCCCCUUCCAGGAUCGCGGCCCUGAAGGAGGAGACGGAAGACGAGGUGCAGGACACAAGGCUUUAG